AUGCCCGUAUUCCCUGGAGGUCCAAGCGGGAUGGCUUUCAAUGAACAGGGACUUCAAUUUCCGUUCUUUUCUCCAAAUAACUCGAACCAGCAGUCCCAAUCACAGCCUUCCAAUCAACCUGCGUUUGGACCGUUUAACCCUGCUUUGCUGAAUGACAUGAGUAAUCCUCUGAAUUUCUUCUCCCUCAUGCCUCCACCUCCCUUCCUGAUGAACUUUGGUCUACAAAAUCCCGUGAUGGCAGGGCCCCUCUUAAGUGGAUUUCCGUCCUUGCCCUUUGAUCCAAUGGCUUUUACAGCAGCUGGUUCUGCUGGAGGCAACAUCUCAGAUACGCUUGGUCAACCACCUGUCGGAGCAUCGGCAACGAAGCAUGAAGCUUUGCCGCCACCUAAACCUCCAUCCCCUGUCAGAUCAUACAUUGAGCAGUCGACCUUACCGCCCAAAUUGGUCGUUUCUCCCCAACCACUGCUGGUCAUCUUGGAUUUGAAUGGUACGCUAAUCUACCGUAAGCACCGGCGGUUCCCGCCUGUGUUUUCCAGAAGGGCCGGGCUGGACGAGUUCUUAGAUACCUUGGUGAGAAAAUACAAGGUUAUGAUCUGGUCCAGUUCCCAGCCGAACACAGUGAAGGCGGUUUGUGACAAGCUCUUCCCGGGCAAUAAACGAAAGGCACUUGUUGCGGAAUGGGGUCGUGACAAGUUCGGUCUCACGUCAUCCCAAUACCGGGCCAAAAUCCAAGUUUACAAAACAUUAGAGACAGUUUGGAGCAAUAAGGAGAUUCAAGCGUCAUACCCAUCGCCUUCUCAGAAUAAACGCCGCAAAGCCGCACAGAAUGGCACGCAGUUGAAAACCCGAUGGGAUCAGUCCAACACGAUCUUGAUUGACGACAGUAAACUCAAGGCUCUCAGUGAACCAUACAACAUACUUGAGAUUCCAGAGUUUACCAACCAGCCCGGUCUCGAUGAGUCCACAAUAUUUCCAAAGGUUAUGCAGCUCCUGGACGAACUAGCAACACAUGACGAUGUCAGCAAAGUCCUCCAUCAGUGGAACCUAGAGUUACCCGAAAACCAAGGCAUUCUUGAGCUUGACCUCGGCCUCAGCACUAAUAAGGUCGACCAGAAUCACAACAAUAACACCACCGGUGACGCCCACUCUCCACCUUCCCAACAAGACAUUCCAACCGGGCCGACAGCCAUGGCGGAAGCCCGCAAAGAAAGGCGCAAAAGGCGCAAGGAGCAACGCAAGGCCCGCAAACAAGAGCAAAAACUAGAGGCAAAAGCGGAAACGAAAGCCCAUAAGAAAGCACAAAACACCUCCCCAGCAGGUCAAGCAGAUAAAACUACCGCUACUACUGUCAUUACCCCAGCAGAAGCAACUACCGGUAUCUCCUCCGCUGAAUCUGCAACAGCCGUCGUGCAACCGACCCUUGACCGGUCACCAUCACCCGCGACUUCAUCUGCCGAAUCCGAGAAUUUUCUCCUAGAUCGAUUAGAGGAUUCUUUGAAUGUUAGAACCGACUAG